UUGGUUUCAUAAUUGUUCAGUUUAUGUUUGAGUCAAAUCUUUGUCUUUCCAUAUCAUAUAUUCAAUUCUUGUUACUAUCUUUGCAAAUUGCCAUAAUAAAUUUGUGUGAAAUAUGAGAGUUGUGUAAACACGCGAGUGAGUGGGAAACAUAGCAGGUUCUAUGCAUUUGCACCCUCUCGGCUCAUCCAAGCCAUAUCCUCGGCCAAGCGUUUCAUCAAACACCUUACGUGCUGAUGCUGCUUCCCCAGGAUCACACCACCCUCUCACCAAAAUGAUGUGGAUCAACCAUCACUAUUGUGCUACGAUUAUGGUCGUUGUUAGUCUCACAUGGGAGAUUAAAGGACAGCCAAACUGUGCUCAGAAGCAGGCUAAGCGAAUGGAAUAUGGAUGUUGUGCGGGGAGAAACAGCUGGUUGACUAUCGCAUUACUGACAAGAACUCGCUCCAGCCGGGUUGUAAUUUUCACUGAAUUACAAACACGAACUCAAUCCAAGCAACAAAUGUUUCUGAUUUAAUGAAAUGAUUAGCUGAUGAUUUUGUUAUCAAAA